AAUUAUUCACUAGGAACAACUUGGAUCAGGUCCCUCCAUUUACAACGACUGAUUUUCAAAAACAAUUCAACAGGACGAAUUUUUCACAUACGUGGAUAAGUAAUAUUAGGUUGAGGGUUGGCAACAGUGUCGUGUUUAUUGACAGCUUGGGAUCCAGUCCUUCUGUCAAACGUGCAAACCGGUAGGGGAGGGAUCUGUUGCAAGGUGCAACAACAGGUGUUCGAUAUGUUACCAUAUGGUUAGGUAAUUGUUACUAAAACUGAUAAUAAAUGCACUGCAAGUUAAUUGUUGAAUGGAAUGUGGUAAAAUCGAAUGUCACGGCAAGGAUUUCGAAAGUAUUUGCUAGAGAUUAUAAAAUCUUGCCAACAUGUGCCCCUCUGAUAUGGAGUCAGCUGCAGGACCAUCAAAUGAAAGUCCAACAGAACGGACAGCAAUACGCUCUUUUAUACAAGAGCAACAUGACCAGCGGACUGAGGCCACGUGGCGCUGGACAUAUGGACUGCCUCGUAGGUACUUUGUUGCACUGAUGGCUUUCCUUGGUUUCUGCAAUGUUUAUGCUCUCAGAGUCAACAUGAGUGUAGCCAUAGUGGCCAUGUCUUCCAACAGAACAUCUGUGGAUCAGAAUGGAACAAUAACAUAUAGCCAAGAGUUCCCCUGGGACAGUGAAAUGCAAGGUCUUGUACUUGGAUCUUUCUUCUAUGGGUAUAUAGUGACCCAGCUACCAGGAGGAUGGCUAGCAACACGCAUCGGUGGUAAAAGACUUUUUGGGCUUGGACUUGCUGCUACUUCAUUCAUCACUCUCUUAACUCCUAUACUUGCACGUGGAAGUGUGUACCUACUUGUCCUUGGGAGAGUUAUUGAAGGUUUGUUUGAGGGUGUGACUUAUCCAUCAAUACAUGCAGUAUGGGCACGUUGGGCUCCCCCACUGGAACGUAGUCGCCUGGCAACUAUAGCCUUCUCUGGAAGCUAUUUUGGGACUGUCAUUGCAAUGCCAGCAGCUGGAGUCCUUGCCGAUCAUGUGGGAUGGCCAUCGAUCUUCUAUGUUUUUGGUUUGGUGGGUCUAUGUUGGUGCAUUGCAUGGGGUGCCUUUGUAACUGAGACACCACAGCAGGACAGAAGGAUUACUGAUGAAGAACUUGAUUACAUUCGGUCUUCUGUUGGCCCUCAGGCCAACCACAUAAAGGACAUGGUGGUACCAUGGAAGCGUUUCCUGACAUCAUUACCAGUAUGGGCAAUAAUGAUUGCCCAUUUCAGUGAAAACUGGGGUUUCUACACACUACUUACAGAACUUCCAACCUUCAUGAAAGAGCAGCUGGGUUUUGAUCUACAGUCUGCUGGUCUCCUGGGAUCACUACCAUACUUGGUCAUGGGCACUGUCGUGCAAGGUGGGGGCUGCCUCGCCGAUUGGCUGCGAGCAGGUGGUCAGCUGACAACCACACAAGUACGCAAGCUGCUCAACUGCGGUGCGUUCUCGUGCCAAACGCUUUUCCUGGUGGCUGCUGCACAUGCCACAACUCCUGCUACUGUUGUUGCCUGCCUCACUGGUGCUGUAGGAUUUGGUGGAUUUGCUUGGGCUGGAUUUAGUGUGAAUCACCUUGACUUGGCACCACAGUUUGCAAGCAUUUUGAUGGGAAUGAGCAAUACUGUUGCCACUUUGCCAGGGAUGAUCAGCCCUCUCCUCACAGGAACCCUGGUUCAGCACAAGACACAACAAGAAUGGCAGUCAGUAUUCCACAUAGCAGCUGCUGUGUAUCUCCUUGGUGCUCUUUUUUAUGGCUUGUUUGCCUCUGGAGAACGGCAACGGUGGGCAGAAGAGCAGGAAACAAUUGCACUGUGUCCUGAUGGAGAUGAGCGUUCUCAUGCAUCGACAGAGGACUUGCCAUUUGGCACAGGGUCCUGCCAAUAAUGGAUAACAUUUGUGGGAUGGAUACAAGCUCCUGCAGCCUGCGGUUGCACACACAGUAAUCUCAUAUGGAUUAACCACACUUUCAGUUUUUCACAUCUGAAGCAAGUGAAACAUGGUGUUGUUUCAUAGUUGGUAUUGCGUUAUUAUAUUUUAUUCGUGGCAUCAGAAAGCAGCCCACUGUCUGGAAUCAUGAAGAAAUACAGCUAUUAAAAACCUAAAUACUGAUCAGUUCAAAAUAAAUAAGCUGCCUGCACAUAAUAUAGCUUCCUGCAAAAAACAAUUGAAAGAUGGUGUAGUUGAUCGUGACUUGCAAGUGAUCAAUGCUUUAAGAACUCGUGAUUUUUGUCAGAAAUGUUUCCUUCCAACAAUCUUCCAGUCACAUAUUAUCCCCCUUAAUAACAUUUAAAUUAUAAGUGCAAGCUGAACCAUGGGAGUGACAUAAUGGGUCCAGAUAAUCAUGUAUUUGAAACAUAAAUUAAUCUCACACUGUAAGUCUUUCUUCAAAAUCUUUCCGAUUUAAUCCACCGGAAAUACUUGUAGAAUCUCAUUUUCUUGAAUCAUGGCUAAAAAUGAAGCAAAAGGACAGUGGAGUUGGUGUGAUCAUUCAGACAUUGUCAGUUGCUAACAUAUUGUUACAAUAAAAAUGGUCGUAGGAAAAAUAAUAACCAGUUGCCUUGUAGAUGUAAUCUGAGGUAGGAAUAUUAUAAAGACAUAACUCAUUUCCUUUCCUCUUUUGGUCCGGUCUGAGCUUGCUUUCCAUCUCCAAUGACCUCAUGUUCUGGAGGACUGCAGUUCAAGUCCCUGUCAAAACAUCCAUAUGCAGGUCCUCUGUGGUUUUUCUUAAUUACUUAAGGCAACUGAAACAGUUAGUUUUUCUCCAAUCCAUCUGCAGCUCAUAGUCUAGUGGCUAGCAUUGCUAUCUCUGUAUCACGGGGUCCUGGGUUUGAUUCCCAGUCAGGUUGGGGGUUUUCUCUGCCCAUUGACUGGGUGUUUGUGUUGUCCUCAUCAUUUCAUCGUCAUCAUCAUUAUCAUUCAUGACAAUAGCUAGAUUUGACUGUGUACAAAUUGGACUGUGUAAAAAUUGGGACUUUGUAUGGGCACUGUUGGCCAUGCAGUUGAGCACUCCACAAACCAAACAUCAUCAUCAUUUCUCCAAUCCAAGCUUGUGAUUCUCCUUUAAUGACCUCAACAUUGAUGGUACAUGAAAAACUCAAAUAGUCCUUCCUUCAUUCAUUCAUGUUCUGAAGAGAAAGUAUGGUUGUGUUAAAUACCUUUGACAUAACAGAAACGGACAUUACAUGAGUAAUUAUGGUGAGAUCCAUAGGGCCAAAAAGUGACAAUAAAUGGCUGAUUAUGGUGUGAUCCAUUUGAAUGACCAUGAAAAGAAAGGAGAUGUAAAGCAAUCAAUGGUAAUGUGAAUUGAAGCAUGCGAAGUAAUGAGAACAAACAUUGUUAGAGGAAUAGAACAGUGCACAUGGAAAAAUUACAAUGGUAACAAAGUGGGAGCUGACACGUCUAUUUGUUACAUUUUAUUCUGUAAAAGAAACAGUAAGUAGGUAAUAUUUUAAAUCCUUGCAGACAGAGCUGAGUCUUACAAUUACUGCUUCAUCUCCCUCAGAUUUCCCCAGUGACUGAGAUCUCACUCACGAAACCAUCUUAGCAUUCAGGGAAAACUUGGAAAAUGUAAAUGAGGUGUGGCAGUCACAUAAAUAACAACAGAUGUUCUUAUUAGUGCAUUUUGUGUUCCACUGUUGCAGUUCCCCACUUAACACUGGCAUUGUGUUGAAAAGCAAGUAUUAAGCUUUCUUUUUAUUUUGAAUCUACUUUCCCUGUUUCAUUGGGCGGGAAAUCACUAAGCAUAAUAAAUUAAGAUUUCAAAGUGACAUUUCCAUUUCUAAAAGGUAUUUUGUAACUCAGCUUCAGUUAUUUUCUGUUUGUUAUUAAGGAUAAAUGGCUAGGAGAAUGAAGUCCAGAUUACAGUCUUGGUUUUGGCAUAAUGUGUUUUAUGCUAUGCUACAAGCUCACAGGACCCACUAUGCUACAAGCUCACAGGACCCAAUAAAAUGUAAAAUUCAGACAUGCAACCAAUCCCAAAUUAAUUACGUAUUAACUGCUGGUAAUAAAUAGAGGCACAUCGCCUCCAGAACAUCAAAGCACUGGAUCAUGUUUAUCAUUAAAGUAAAGCUUGUGAAUGCUGUAUUAUUACUUAUUUAACUGAUUUGGUUACAAACAUUAACUUACUUCCCUUGCAUUUGUGAACUACAUGUUACAGUAAGAGACAGCUUUUUUUCAGUAAGACUGAUUUUUUUAAAAAAUUGUUUAUUUAGUGGCCAAUUAAAUAUGGAGACUGCAGUGUAUGCAAAAAUGUGACUACUAUUAUUUUGUAUAUAAUAUUCUUUAAAAAAUUCCAUGUAAUUUUUCCAUUUCCACAACUAAAUCUUGCCAUAACAUUAUUAUUUAGUACACACAUUUUGCAUAUAGUGUUCAUUUUGAAAGUCUAUUUGAAACAUCAGCAAUGAUGGUACGCAUUGUAGGCUGGACAGAUAUUGUGUCCACACGUAUUUUGCUGUAGCUCCAGCUCCUUAGCUCCAAAUUGUCUCUGCAAUAUUGGCAACAAAUGAAGUAGAAUGUUUCAUUCCAUUUCUUAGUUUAAGUGCCCUUUCAUUGGAGGUAUCUAGAUCCCCAUCAUGGAUGUCAAGGUGUUUUCCUAUUCACAGAACAGAACUGAUGAAAUAGAGUGGCAUUCUGAAUGGUACCAUACCACUCCAUUCAGCUUGGUCAUGGUGUUUAUCACAGUUGCCAAAGCUUACCACAAUCACCAAAUUCAGAUAAUGAAGUCAGGGGCUGUAGACAAUGUGUGUAAAUAGUUCAAAAUAGAUUCUGCCUGUUGGGUGCAUCAGGAUUACUUUACACUGUGCUUUACAAUUGGCAGUGUUUGAGUUGUAAAAGCAAAUACUGGAAAGAAGUGCAACCACAAGUGAGAGAUGAGGUGCUAAAACAUAAUAUUUCUAGUCAGAUGAAUAUGAAAAUCACACAGUAGCACAAUGUUUAAUGCCGUAGAACUUCCUCUUUAGUUGUCUGCUUGGUUCUAAUUUCUGGACAAACAUGUUUCAUAGCUUCAUGUUUGAUAUUUUUUUCUGCCGUUGAAUAAGAAUAAUAUGGAAAGGAUAGAUUGUUGGUCGCCACAUAAAAGGCGUUGAUUUGCAGACAGGCACAAUGAGGAAGGCCACCAAGAUAUUAACAUUUUGCUGUCUGGUGACACCACAGUGGUGUCGUGUGCGAAAUAGCAGUCAACAGCUGGCGACAUCGCAGUGGUGUUGUGUGCAUAGUAUUGCUCAGUGGUCGGUGGCAGCACUUUAGUAUCUUUGGCAUUCUGUUGGUGUUUUGUUUAGGUAACAAUAAGUUACACAUGUCAACAAGUUUUUUGUUUUUAUACGUACUUGUGUCCUUUCAUCACGGCAGACGAAAGAGACAUUACGCUUAUUUACACAAUGAAUGCAUGGACAUCUUGUCUGACCUUCUGAACGACUUAGCCAAUUGGGAAGAAGACAAAAAAAUGAAAGUGAAGUAGAAUCAUCGGAAGAUAGUGAAUUACGUCCAAGAAUAAUUCUGCGAACGCCACAGUUGCCAACUGAUUCGAAUGAAUCAGACAAAGAAGACAGUGCACAGUGGGCAGACUUUGAUUUACCAAGAACCAGUAAUAAAUUUACUGAGGACCAAUAAAGUAUUUCCCAAAAAUACACAGAGUGUCAAGAAUAUCAUAGAAUUAUUUAUUGGGAACAAUCUAUCUGAAUAUAUCAGCAACAAAACCAACAAGUACUACAGUCAAAAUCGCAAUGAAGGAAACUGGAUUUUAAAAAUUGCCAAUUUGUAUGUUACAGGGCCAAAACUUAGAAAAUUGUUUGGGCUUGCUGUCCUUAUGUGAACUGUAAAAAAAGCAAGGAGCAAUGAUUAUUGGCCAACGAGUCUGUUGAUAUACACACCAAUAUUUUGCAAAACAAUGUCCUGCAACCGAUUCAGACAAACACUAUCAUUUUUACACUUUUCCAACAUCAAUAAACCGGAUAAUACCGACUGGCUUUUCAAAGUGCAAUUUGUAAUUGAUUUUUCCAUUGUCAAAACAUCUCAAUUGAUAAAGGAAUGAUACCGUGGCAUGGACGAUUAAAUUUUGAAGUUUACUAUCUGUUGAAAACUAUGAAAUAUGGCAAACUCAUUCAAGAUAUAUUCCGGCACUGGACAGCCUUCUUAUGGAAAGUGGCAACACCUCUGCAUGGAUAAUUAUUAUAAUAGUGUAGAACUUGCAGAAAAGUUAUCUGAAAAGAAAAUUCAAUUUCGUGGAACCAUACAGCAAAAUAGAGGAUUUCCGGAAAAAUUAAAGCAUGCAAAUGUCAAUGUGUUUGAAGCUUGUCAUCAAAAAAAAGGUACGAUCUAUACAGCACAUAAUGCCACUUUGACUGACACUCAAAGAAAAUGUAGAAAAACCAAUUACACAUCAAAAAAACCUGAAAGUGUACUAGACUACAACAAAUAUGUGAAAGGAGUGAAUCAGGUAGACCAAUAUUUGAGUUAUUACCAUAUAUACAGAAAAACUGUAAAAAUGGUCAAAAAAGUUUUGUAUGUACCUCUUUAAUUGUGCAUUAUUUAAUGCAUUCUGUACAUGUCAAGAGUCUCCAAUUUCACACAUUUUUAUUGAGAGUGUCUGAUUCAUGGAUAAAAGACAAUGUACCUGCUUCUGAGCAAAACUUGGAAGUUGCCACUACAUCGCAUAUGUCUCAUCAUGAUCCAGUUGACAGACUUUCCGGUCCUAUAAAGCAACACCAACUAAUACUUAUUUCUGAAACGAGUAAACAAAAACGAAAAGAUUGCCAUGUAUGCUCAAAAACAAAUAAAGAUCAACAAAAUUAAUGUGUAAGUCUUGUGGAGUUGUUACAUCUUGGAGACUGUUUUGCUGCAUAUCAUAUGAAAGAGAAAUACAAAGUACCAAAGACAGUGCAAAUAAACAAAUAUAUGAAACAAACAAAUUUUGUAUUUAUUUAUGUAUGUAUGUAUAUCUUUGGAAUUUCAUGAAAGAAGAGGAACAUGGUUGAGAACUUAUGAGAACUAAUGAUGGGAUUAGUAAAACUCAACAAUUUAUAAUCUCCCAAUAAUGUCAAAAACAGCUAGUGACAAGCCAAGUAAUCGGAAUCAGCACUACCGGCUCCAAGCGAAUAGAUUUGUAUAAGACGUGCGGAUGGCAAAGUGCUAAGCUUUCAGACAAGUUCUUCUUCCAAACUUUCCCUCAGUUACCCACAUUUCCUGCCAACUGUCCAGUGUCUGAAUUCUUAUAUGCUGCCAUUGCUGCUUCAGCAUCCCCAUCAUCUCAUUCCUCCCUCUAUGUCCAUUUUAUUCUCCCCUCUCUCAAUUUUGUGUAUGCUUCAUAAUCUUUUCUCUUUUCUGCUGUCCUUUAUUUUUUCAGGUGUUUGAAAACUCUUCAUGGCAACAUGAUCAAGUCAAGUUAAUCCUUAUUUGAUGCAUAGAAAACAUAUAAGUUGUGACGAGCAGACCCUAUAUAGAGUUGUUGAUUUAGUUUUUAAUGUAAAAAAAAAAAAAAAUGGAAAAACCAACACAAAAUGUUUUUGGGUACACGAGUGCAGAAAAGGCGAAAGGAAAAUUUGCCUUUUUAUAUAAGUGUGAUGUGGAACUUCACAGUAAUCAUUUCACAUCGCUCACGUGGCACAACACUUUUACUCCAUGAUAAACAUUUCUUCACAUAUCUUUGGAUCUCCUGUCCGAUUUGGAUCUCAUAAUCGUCUUAAACUGUUGACGUAAGUUUAAUAACUCAUAAUAAUUACAUAAAAUGCUAAGUAUUUCAAGGACUUCAGGAGUUCUGGUGCAGAUAUCGAUAAUUCAGUAUUUCAUAGCUUUCUAUCUCCAGUAAUAUAGUAAUUUCAUGGGGUAUUUUUACACUGCAUCUCGUUGCCUUAUUUUUUACGACACACUUGUGUUUUUAUCUGCCAGAUUCAUUGCUUAUUCUAGAUUAUAUUUUUCUUUUGUGCAUCCUCAUUUUUUUUUUUUUUUAAUUUCAAAUUUUAUUUUCAGUUGAUCUCCCAAUUUUUCUGGUUAGCUAGUUUCAUGUACCAUCCAUCAUUUGUGCAAUGUGGAACAAGUCAUUUCACAUACACAUCACAACUUAAUUUUUAAGUAUGGCUACUUACUGAACAUAUAUAAAGAUUUUUAUGAUACUUUAGAUAAGUCAGACAUGAGUAAUCUCAAGAGAAGUGCUGUAUGAGCUUUUCCUGAUGAAGAUUAAGUUAAUAGUCAGGAUUUUGUUCAUUAGGCUUGAAAAUUACUACUUCUCAAUUUGUUAUUAAAUUGUGGUGAAAAUUAAAGUUCCUUGCCUCUUAAUCUGAGAUAUAGAUUUUCAUUGACUGUACAUUGAUCUAUAUCUAUUGGAUAGAGAGAAGUUAUUAUAAAUACUGAACAUGAUUUAAUGAAAGGGUACAAAUUUAGCAAAUGUAAAUAAAAGAAACUGCACAUCAUCUUUCAAAAUUGUCUGUACUUGUUGGGUCCAGUUUAAAUACACAUAGCCUAAGUAAACAAUGAAGAUGGCAUCUAACAUUGUCUUAUUUAGAUAUCAGUGGCCACCUUAACAAAAAUGAAAAUUGUUUGUACCCAAAUUUCUGUUAAAUAUAUAUGGGGGGGGGGGGGGGGGGACCGACCAUCUGAUCACUUUAUACUAGGGGGAAAAAGUUCAAAAACUGUUGUGGUACUGUCAUGCUUUCACUUCCAAAAAUUUUCAAAAACUAAAUUCUAUCAGAUUUGUUUAAUUAUAUUAGUUUAUCUUGGAAACACAGGAGGAACUUGUUUGUGAUUUACGUGUUAGAUGUAAAGUUGUAAUUGUUUCUAUUGACUUAUCUUAGUAUAUUUCCUGAAGUGCAGAAGAAAAUCAGAUUCUGCAUAGGUGUAAGAGUUUCUGCAGUAUAUACUGUCUGUAUACACUGCAAGACCUAGACCAGAAACUAUGUUGCUACAUGACUUAUUAUGCUUUUUAUCAGUUCAAGAUGAAAAUGUGACUAAUCACUUAGUAGAAAUUAAAUUUGAUUUAAUGUUUGUUGCUUGGUGUACAAAACAUUCAUAUGGUUCCCACAAUAGGAUUUAUGGCUGUAUGUUUAUUUUACUUGGAACUGUCUGUUUUUCUGUGAAUAAGAAAUGUUCCAUGAAUGGAGAAGAAUAUUUCAGUUAAAGAAAAUUAAUAUAUUUUUGUUCCUAGUAUAACUAUGAGGCACCCCAUUUAAUUGCUGACAAAGGUUGUCAAGAUUCCUAAGUUUACCAGACAUACAUGGGAUACUAGUGACAAUUUUUAUAUCGACAAUUAUACAAAUUGGAUUAGUGGUGGUGUGAAAGUAUGCAUACAUGUGUCUUAUCUUGACAUGCCUGUGGAUACACUACACCUCGUCUGAGAUAUUUAAAUCUGGCUAAAUAUGAUCUCCGAAUAUCUGGAUUUAUAGUCAUAGGAACAACACACAAUCACAGUGAAUUUGGAGAUAAAAUGCUAGCCUCAAAUUUCUGGACUAGUUGAAAUUUCUUUCCAGUAUCAUAAGUGUUUGUGAAUACAUAUCAACAGCUUGUUGAGUGGUUCCCACAAUAGGAACUAGUGACUGUUCAAGUUUUUUUACAUAUUCAUGAAAACUUGUUGUGUUUUGCUAAGGAUAACUGAGAAACAUUGUACACACUGAAGUCUGUUUUGAUUGCUUGUGUGAUGAAAGAAAUGGGCCUAAACCAUUUAUGGAAUGUUAAUUCUAAGGAGAACCAUUUUUCAUAUUCUGAAAUUUAAUGACUGCUAAUAAGUUUCUAAUGCUCUUUAGCAGCUAGCCUCAUUCUAACAGCUCCUUAAAAAAAUUUAAUUUAACACUGUUUAACUAAAGACAAAAUUAUUCUGCAAUCAUGAACUUAAAAUUGUGUAACUUUAACAAGAGGUGGUUUUUUCUUCAUCUAAAUUAAUGAAUAAUUGUAAUGAUAAAUUUAAACAUUAUCACCUCAUACUGCAGCUCCAAAUGCACUGCUUAAAAAGAAAUAAGUAAUUUAUAAUUUUUACAAAAGCAGAGUAGAAAUGUUCAGAAAGUGAAAGAAAUAAACAUUGUCUGAACUCAUUGUGUAAUUUACACAGCUAUUACAUACACAAGAAUGUGAUUUUAAUAUGAAAAUGUGUAGAUAAUGACUCUAUGACUGAUGUCAUUAGCAAAGUUCUUUUGUGUUAUGCUAUUCAUAGUUAAAGCUUCCACCUUUAAAAGGUUAGUAUAUAUUAUUCUUUUCUGUUUCAUGUUGAAUCUCUCUAAACAGUUGAACACUCUCUCUCUCUCUCUCUCUCUCUCUCUCUCUCUCUCUCUCUCUCUCUCUCUGUGUGUGUGUGUGUGUGUGUGUGUGUGUGUGUGUGUGUGUGUGUGUAAAUUUUCAAUAACAACAGUAUUACCUAUGUACACAAUCCUCUGAAAUGGACACACAUUAAAAUUGUAAUCAUAAUGUGUGUUACUGUGUAAUACAUGAAUAUUUCUGUGAUAUAUUCUGAUUUCAUAAAUUACUGACUAUGUGUGAAUAAUAUAUAUCUUUUUAUUACAAUUUUGCCUAUGAACACUACAAUGAGCACAAUCUGCAAUUAUUUUUGUCAGUGAUAUUUACCGUAUAUAUUUACAACAUUGUCAAAUAGUUUAUUCUAAAAGUAUUGUCAAACAUAUCUCAAGUAAGUUAAACUACUGUGAUGUAUUACAAUCCCAUAUAUUAAACAGCAUAUGCCUUGCAA